AUGAGGCAGAAUGGUGCCUUCCACCUUGCUCUGAACCAGGGUUUAAUUUUUGCUAAGGAAUGGCUCGAUCUCUUGUUUCCCAGCACCGUCCAGGGCGUGGAUGUGUCGGAGGCUCUCAAGGGCGCCGUCACGAACGCCACGUGCGGACUCAUCCCCGGCCGCACCACCUUCGCUGAAGGACUCCAGCUGACGUACUUGUGGACUUCCGGCUUGGUAGACGGCGUAAACAUGACCUCGCAUGAAGUGCUGACCCUCUCGGAAAACCAGGUCAUGCAGGGGUCCCUCUCCAUCUUGGGUGGAAGUGAAGAUAUUGCACUUACGGUCGAAAGUCUUACUUCUGACGACGGCCACUUCAACUCCAUGAAUCUGACAGAUUUGUGGAACACAGCUGUCCGGCUUGACCGAGAGAAUGUCGUGAGCGGCCAGGUCCAUUUCCAGGGCGAGGUGACCUUCCAAGAUCUUAGCCUUCACAAAACCCUCGAUGGCGUCUUGGACCUGAUAGCUUCUCCUCCAGACGUGUCGGAACUCGCCCUGCCUUAUGAAUACACCUACAAUAUAUCACGCAUCAACCACCAUGUUCUGGAAGGCCAAGCAAAGGAAUUCUGGGGAUGGCGGCGAGUGCAGGAGUUUCAUGAGCCCUUGGUGAGACUGGCGCCCCUCGUCAUGGACCCCCUCCUGCAAGGGCGGCCCUCGAGCAACACCACAGAAUACCUCGCUCUUAUAACGUCCUUGGGCAGCACCAAGGUCUUCAAGCUCCUCGAAGAUGGUCGCUAUGAGGAUACAAAUAUAAACUUAGGUGGAGUCUGUACCAAGAAUGCAGUGGGUUACACAAGCCAUGGGGAAGAGUUUGUUGUGACAGGACAUGUCUGCUUGGAUGUUACCUCAGAUGAUAGCACGAAAGUAGCAGGUGACAAAGAGGUGCUAAUCUGGAACAUCACAGCUGGUGGGGCCCGUUUGACGUCCAGUGUUUCCACACCUGGAGCAGCUGAUGUGCAGAUGGUGAUGCUACGCGAGAGGCCCUGUUUAGUCAUUGUCCAUGCAAGGGGAAAUGAAAUUCUUGUAACCUGUGAAAAUUCGCCCGGCCAUUUCCAGGAGCUCCAGCGGAUGACCACUACCUUCAACCCAGUCAAGGUGACUGUGGUAGAACACAUGGAUCCUAGUGGCAGCACCACCACCUUCUUAGGUGUGGCUGACGAAGGUGACUCGCAUGAAUACAUGGGUUCCUUCAUGCUGUGGCGGUACGAUGUCGAAGAGGACUCCUUCUCUCUGCUCCAGGUUAUAAGCAUGGAUGAUGUGAAGUGGGUAGAAAUGACGUCUCACUUGAACGACCUGUUCCUUGUUGUGGUCUCGGGGGCCUUCAGAGGGGACCAACAGGGGCAGGUGCUCAUAUACAGAAUGGACUGGUUUGACGGGGAUGGAACCCAGGCUCUUGGACAUUAUGGAACAGCCGUUCAUAGUGGCGAAUCAGAUCGGCUUACAGCUUUGAGAGCCAACCCGCAGUUCUACUUCGUUCAAGAGGCAGCGGUAGAAGAUCCCGUAGAGGCCCGGUUCUACACCCUUCCUGAUGGAGAACUUGAUCUUUACAUCAUCAAGCAGGACGGCAUGGUGGUUCGCUUCUCGCAGAAGGGAAUUCACAGGUUCUGGAAAGAUGGGGAGCUGCACGCCCCAGGGAAAGUCACCCUGGAUGUUUGGUCAUCAUGGGUCAACGGCAGGAUCGUCCAGCGACUAAACGCGGGAGGAAGUUCGUGCCAGGACAUCGAAAAGAAGAACUUCCCCGAGGAACCUGCUGUCGUGCUGGAGGCGCUGCGCCGCGGCGGGGUCGACUCCCAGGGCCAGCCACCGUGCCCGGCCAACCACUAGGCACUCUACAUUCUACGAAAAUCCUUCUCUAAAGAGUCGCUGUCCUGAAGGAUUUGCUUGCUACAUCUUCGACUGUUAAACGAACUUCAAGGAUAAGCGGUUCUUGCUUUUUGCGAGCACCCUUGUUAUUCUUUGGUUAUAUCUAUACCCAUGAUGUAUAGAGUAAUGUUUUGGUGACAUUCGAGCGUGAGGUCUCUCCUUUUAAUUGUUACUGAAUCUAGUCUUCUCUAUUAUAGAUACGUCGUGUAUAUAUGUAUUUUUGUAUUAUCGGUAUCUAUAUGUUUUAAGUUUUUGUUAUUGUUGAGAUUUAUUGAAGAUGGUCGCUAAUGUGAUCUAUUACUUUUAGCUUGUUUUUGUUGUGUUUGUCU